GAGCUGCAACGAACGACGCCGACGCCCGCCGGCCAUGCCGCGGCCUGUGCUGAGCGAGGAGCUGGAGAAGAUGGUGCUCGCGUUUGUCCAACCUCUUCCCCACUUUGUGACGUGGCAGCUCGUGAGCCGUCGAUGGCGCACGAUCCUUUCCAGCUUGCCAGCGUACGACGCCAACAUGGACUGCAUUCGGCCAGUCGACAGUGCGCUCUACCUAGCGCUUCUCCAACGGUGGCCCAUGCUGCGAUCCGUCACGAUGACACAUGACGUGCACGUAUCCAACGAAAUGACAUGGCAGUUGGGCCUCGCGCAGCUCGCCCACCUCGAGCAUCUCUCCCUGCGCCGCACGUUCACCAAAGUGUUGCAGGAGCUGUUCAAGUCGUGUCCAGCGAUUCGCAGUCUCUCCGUCCUGGCGGGCUCCGACCUGCGGCUCCCCACGGUCAAAACCAGCCUCAUGCACUUGCAAAAGCUCGAGCUUCAAGCGGCGACCCUCGCCAACAACUCGUCGAUUAUGUCCAUUGUUCGAAACGCGCCUCAACUCACGCAUUUCGUCGUGUCAGCGGCCAGUGACGUGACGUCGCAAGUACUGACGCAGCUCGCAACUUCCUGUCCACACAUUCAACAAGUUGUCCUAAACCAAUGCGGCCUCAUGGUGGCGUCCCAAGUCGACACGUUCCUGCGCAAGUUCCAUGCCCAACUGACGUGGGUGGACCUGUCCCAUUGCCACGAUUUGAAGUUGUUCUUGAUGGUAUGGAGGUGGCGUCGUCGUUUCUACUGUGCGGGCCAUGACGACGUGCUUGGCAGAACGCUGACGAAGAGCUCGUCCUUGACCAGCUCCAAGUUCUCGUUGUCGACAGCACCCUCGUACGAGACAGCGUGCUGCAGUCGAUUCGAUGCCCCAAGCUCCAAGUCCUUUCGAUACAGAACUGCCGGUGCAUCACGGACACGGGCGUUGUCGCGUUUAUGGCUCACCAUGUCAACGCCCCACUGAAGAUCUUCGAGGCCAAAAACACGGCCAUUACAGAGAUCAGUGUCGACGUCAUCGAGAGAUCGUUGCCAAACCUGACGCACAUCGGUGUCGAAAGCUGCCGCGGAGUGCCCCGAGCGACCCGACAGCGGUGUGCAUUGCAAUGCCACAUGCAUGCGUCGCAGUUCGAACGAGUGCUUGUCGCGACAAACGCGGCCGCGUACCGAAAGGACAACGUGGGAGUCGAGUUUGCCGCGACACCAAUCAAACCUUCGUCCAUGUCGUACGGCCUGGACGAGGAAUAUACCCCGCGCGAUGGCCACCAAGAGUACGAAGAAGAUCAUGCCGAGGAGACGCCACAGCGGCGAGGUCGGCGACGACGCAUGCCCACGCACCAACCAGCCAAACGGAGUCGAAAUAUCACAAACUAGGGAAUCGAUCAUGUCUGCUAGGAUCGCGUCCACUUGUCAAUUUUUACGCAUGCGGCCGUUGAGAAGCGAAUGCAAGCGUGCCAGUGC